AUGUUACCAGUCUCACGACCCGACGGUCAGAUGAGUUUCAACUACAUCCCCACCACGCAGCCCAUGUCGGGAACCUCAACAGGACGGAGCUCCCCCAGUGACCUGGCUGGCUCGGGAACCACGAAGGCACCUUUCGGUCCGUCGGGAUCGAUUAGCGCUUCGCGACUGGGGGCUGGUUCCCCUUCUCAUGAGUUGGGGACACGCCUAUACCCGAAACGAGCUCGCGAGAUUCAGGCUCAGGAAGGUCUCCCCACCAGCAUCUGGGGUCCCCCGACCAGUGGUCAUUCGACCCCGCUUCGCGAGAACAUUCCCGAGUCGCCAAGCCAGGACAGUUUUCCCGACCUCAUUCCCACCACCAAUGGCUCAAUGACUGGCUCUGGCCGCCGGGCUCGAGCGGGCACGGUGCCCUCUCGAUUCCCUCCGAUGGGCACCCUUAACGAGAUAGACAUCCAACAGCCAUUCAUGUCACAGACCUCCCGCCCGACUCCCUCCACAAGCCCUUUUCGACCUCCUGGCGUAUCUGGUAUUGAUACGAGUGCCAAAGUUGCGAGCUCGGCUGCGAUGUCCAACCCGACUAUGCUCUCCCGUCUUCGAGCUGGCUCGAUGCCACAGCGGAACAGCCUUCUCGGGACAGGGGGCCCCUUCGGCUCUUCAGUGUUCUCUGGUGGUUGGUCCACUGGUCGCGAAAGAGCUACCACGUUGACGAGCAUCCGGUCGUCAGAAGGCCCGACCUCGCCAAGCCAAUCAUCCUUUUCGCAAGAUACCGCUGAUGUGCGAACACUGGACUAUCUUGGCCUUGCGGAGACUCCGCAGCAAGCGAGAGCUGUUCUUUCACGACCUUCUAUGGAGCAGCUGAUUCACCACCAGCAGCAGCAGCAGCAAGCGCAAGCCUCUGCGUUGCCGCCACUCCUGGCUGAGCUGGCGAUGAUGAAAAACAAUAAUCGAUUCCGGUCUUACUCGGUUAAUGCGAAGGAGAAGUAUGCUGAUGAUGAAGAUAUGGAGUACGAGAGCCGAUACUCGGGAGUCCCCUCGGGCACGCUUACCCCUUCGGCUGCCGCGACAGCUGCUCAACUCGCUGCCACGCAGGCCCAGAUCCAUCAGCAUAACCUGGCUGUUCAGGCGUUCGCCAGCCAUGCUUCUGUCAGCCGUCCCCGAGCAAGGACUGCUGGUAUUCUGGAAGCCCCCUCCCAACGCUCAUCUAUCCGUAACUACCUCGCCACGCCCUCCCGCCUCGACAACAGCUUCAGUGCCUCUGAUCUCCAUAUUUCAGAGAACGGCGAAUAUGAUGAACUGUCUGAGGCGGUUCAAAUGAUGCACCUGGGAGGAGCCGGUGGCCCGGCAAUUGGUAUUCGAUCAACAGGGGAGAUGGCGGACGAGAACAGCCAGGAUGGACCGACCCGGGCUCUGUGGAUUGGCAGCAUCCCCGUCUCCACAACCGUGACUUCCCUUGAGGCGAUCUUCGGCAUGUACGGCAAGAUCGAGUCUACUCGUGUGCUGACGCACAAGAACUGCGGUUUCGUCAAUUUUGAGCGCAUUGAGAGUGCGGUGCAAGCCAAGUCGCUGUUGAACGGCAAGGAGAUCUUCCCGGGUGCAGGACCUGUUCGAAUUGGCUACGCGAAGGUUCCCGGUACCUCUGCAGCCGGUACCCCUGGUACCAAUGGCAUCCAGUCAUCCCCUACUCCUGAUCCCAACUUUAAAUCCAACAUUGCUUCUGAGGGUUUUGACCGGGCGGAUAACCUCGGCGCCAUCCCUCAGAUCCCCGCUUUGAUCGAUGUGUUACCCGAGAUGGUGGAUAUCGUGCAGGAGUUCGAAGCCAGUGAAGAUGAUUCGCGCAACAUCACCGCUAGUAUCCGGAGUGCCAUUGCCUUCCAGGCCUUUGAGGACGAAAUUCCUUCGGUCCCGGAGCCUAGCCAGGCCCGCAUGUUUGAUGCCCCUCGUCUGCGUGAUAUUCGCAAACGUAUUGACAAUGGCGCUUGUUCAAUCCAGGAGAUCGAGGAGACUGCUAGCGCCAUGCUCCCUGAGAUUGCGGAGCUGUCAUCUGAUUAUCUGGGCAAUACUGUCGUCCAGAAGCUGUUCGAGUUCUGCUCUGAGUCUACUAAAGAACAGAUGCUCUCGCACAUUUCACCUCAUUUGGCUGAGAUCGGCGUGCACAAGAACGGAACCUGGGCUGCACAGAAGAUCAUCGACGUUGCCAAGACACCCGCUCAGAUGAACUUGAUUGUCGAAGCACUCCGCCCCUACACCGUGCCGCUCUUCCUCGACCAGUACGGAAACUAUGUGUUGCAGUGCUGCCUGCGGUUUGGCACUCCCUUCAACGACUUCAUUUUUGAAACCAUGCUGAGCCGGAUGUGGGAAGUCGCUCAGGGCCGAUUUGGUGCCCGGGCUAUGCGGGCUUGUUUGGAGAGCCACCAUGCCUCAAAGGACCAGCAGCGAGCGCUUGCGGCUGCUAUUGCCCUUCACAGUGUGCAGCUGGCCACCAAUGCCAAUGGGGCCUUGCUGCUCACCUGGUUCCUCGACACUUGUACAUUCCCCCAUCGCCGAACUGUCCUUGCUCCCAGACUUGUGCCGCAUUUGGUACAGCUCUGCACCCACAAGGUCGCCUACCUUACUGUUCUCAAGGUUAUUAACCAGCGCAAUGAGGCCGAGGCUCGGGACAUCGUUCUUAAGGCGCUCUUCUUCAGCCCUGGUGAUGAAGUGCUGGAAAAGAUUCUGAGUGACCAAACCUCGGGAGCCACUUUGAUCUUCAAAGUUCUUACUACUCCGUUCUUUGACGAGUCCAUGCGGUCGGAGGUGGUGAAGAACGUCUCCAAGGUUCUCACCAAGCUGAAGGCCUCCCCGAGCCAGGGAUAUAAGCGCCUGAUGGAUGAGGUUGGCUUGUCUUCUCGUGGCAAUGGUCGGGAGCACCAUCAUGGACGUGAGCACGGCGCCAGUCACUCCUCCACACCCGAGAAGGCGCAGCACCGCCAAUCCUCCCGUCACGGAAGUACCAACUUCCCCUCGCAGCCGCCUCUGGAGCGACAGUACAGCGGCCAGUUUGGCUCCAAUAUGCUUGGCCAGGCCCCUGACUCGCGGCCAAUCUCCGCCGACCAGAACAAUGCUCCUCUCGAUGCCUACGGGACCAAUGGCAUCAACAGCUUUGGCAAUCCUCUGAACGGACUUGGCGGAGUCAACGGGUUCCAGGACCCCAAUGUCCCUCUGAGUGCGCAACAGCUCCAUUACCAGACCUACCUUGCUGCCCAGGCCCGAGGUGUAUCUCCGGGCGGUAUGUACCAGGGCAUGCCGGGCGCCAACUUUGGCUACCCAGCCGCGUCGCCAUCCGUUGAGAACCUGCGCUCUUUGCAGACCCAGCAGCCGUCCCCGCUGUCCGCUGCACCAGGCCCCAUGAGCCCCAACCACAUGCUGGCUCAGUCCAGCUACCCCCUGCAGCAAUUCAGCCCGGUGGUCAACCCGGCCCAGAUGUACCAAUACCCUCCGCAGUUCUACGCCCAGGCACAGCCGGUGCAGGGCCAGUCUAGCGGGGGCCGACGUGGGCGGCGCUGA